CUCAACGGCAGCGACGUCCGUCUCUGGUGCAUCAUCGCCGCAGCACGUCAGUGCGACGCUGCAGACGAUGCACGAGAAACAUACCAUGGAGACUGGCACACUGCUCUCAGCGCUUGCAGAUUCGCAGCGCACGGUGCAGAGCUUGCGGGAGGAAAAUAUGGCGCUCAUGUCGCGCAUGCAGGAGCUGGAGCUCAAACUUUCCGACGCCCAGACACAGAUUCGCAGGCAGCAGUACACGGCCCGGCCGGCGGUGGAUAGGAUCGCUUCGAGGCCGUCAUCGUCGGAGGGUUCGUCACAUCGGAGGCUUCAACCGCGCGUGCACGGUUUCACGUCGACAACCUCUAUGCGGGACGCCUCCCCGAGAGCAUCUUCCCGUCACUCAUUGGAUGUGAGUGAGGAUGACACGCAGGUGUUGUCUCUCGUUUCAUCCGAAACAAAUUAUCGAAAUCAGAACGUCAAACGACGGAUGAGCAACGCGUCCUCCGUGUUCGCCUUUCCGCCGAGCAACAUGUCCAUGAUCGCCCAUGAGGAUGCUACGUCUGUGCUGACGCGCUCACGCGCGGGCUCAUUUCGAUCACAGUCACCGUCUCUGAUGUCGGGAGCUCGGCAAAGGAUGAAUAUGUCAGUUUCGUCUGCUGGGAAUGUUUCGCCAACGACAGCCAAUUUCAGCAUGAACGAGAUGGCGGGGUCGCCGAGGAGCCUAUACCUUAGGCCGGAGCAUGAGCUGCAUCUGGGGGAUAUGGCGAGUCUCGAUUUGCAGUUCGAGGACGACGAGGACGAUGCGGAUGGGAGAGGGGUUGACGGGGGUUGAUGCUAAUGCUCAACGUCGUAUCAAACGUCACACGGUCUCAUGUCUGAUGCUCGCAUUUUUUUUUUUACCAUCUCUCUGGUUUGUUCGCUCGAUGUCUAGUGCGGAUCAUCCUUCUCUCUCUUUUCGUUUUCUCAUCACGGCCUUAUACAUGCGUACUUGAUAAAUGUGUCUUUGUCGCGUUGGUCCUGCGUUCUUUCAUACAUUUCCUGUCACUGCGAUGUCCCGUUCUUGUGGGCAAGCAACGUUCGUACGGCACAUACUUCUUUUUCGACACAUACGCAUCUCGAUACCCAGGACCUUUCACUCUCUCAAUUUCUUGAUAUGAUCCGCUUUUCAUUGUCCCUGCAUGGCUUCGGAAAGUACUCGGCUGCAGUUCACUCAUUUUCUCGUCAAACGCGAUCGCCUGAUGUAUUCUGUGUAUAAUAACGAGAAGCCGACACCUUUUCCCCC